CUGCCGCGAGCGAUCGCGCGUGCGAGCGAAAUUUUAUCGCGCGGAAUUUCACGGCAGAAUUUUAUUCCCGCAUCGUCGUCAUCAUCAUCAUCAUCAUCAUCAUCAUCAUCUGGGUGGACGAUAGCUUCGAAAAAAAUCGGCGUUUCCGCUCCAGGAUUUACAAGGAGAGAGAACGAACGCGAGAAUCGACGUCGUCGACCGUCGUCGACAGGGCAUUGCGAAGGUUCGCGAGCGAUCGUCAGUGAACAGGUGACGUGAUUCGUACGAAGAAGCACUUUUCUACCGCGAUCAAGUAAUUCCUGGGACUCGACGUCCGGGGAGUCGACCUCUCGCGACCGAGAGAGAGAGCGGACGAGAGGGGACAAGUGAUAUGAGUGCUGAACGCAGGAUCUUUCGUGACGUUAAACGGCGAUCGAGUCGCGAGCGGUACCAAGGAAAUACCAUCGAGUGAUCGGCACGCGAGAAAGACCGGAUAUCGCGCCGGGGGGACAGGUGGAUAGCGAGAAAGGAAAGACGCGCGAAGGACGAGAAGAACGUAAUAGUACAGUGUGUUCUCGUUUUGGUUGCGUGAGAGGAAAGCGGAGGAAAGCCCCCCGUCCCCACGCGCGCGGCGAGAAACGAGAAAAGUGAAGACGAGCUGGAGGACGGCCGGGUGGAAAAAAUAGCCUCGAGGCGGGAAGGAAGGUGAAAAAGAUGAUGUGGUGCCAUCCGAUCGUUCUUCUCGUCGGCCUGCUCACCGUCGUCCGUGCUCAAGGGGUCCCGCGAACAUUUUCGGCUAGGCCUUACCGAGGAGGGCCGCCAUUGUUCGUAAGGGCGAUUCUCGGUGGAACGGCCGAGCUGCCAUGCGACAUUCGUCCACCUCAUCGCAACGAUUCCGCUAUCUUGGUCGUCUGGUACAAGAGUGACGUCCAACCAAUCUACAGUUACGAUCUACGCGGCAAGUACUCGAACAAAGCAUCGCAUUGGCAGGAUAAAGAACUUAACGAACGGGCGUUCUUCAGAACAACAACGGAACCAGCAACUUUGAGCGUUAAUCAUAUACAACAGAAGGACGAAGGCGAAUUUAGGUGCCGAGUGGACUUUACCACAAGUCCGACUAGAAACUCCAGAAUUCAACUGACAGUCAUAGAGCUGCCGCGUAAGCCGAACAUUAUCGACGACCAGGGAACUGCCGUCUCGGGGAUUGCCGGACCUUAUGCAGAAGGCGGUGACAUGAGAUUGCAUUGCUACGUCAUUGGAGGUCGUCCCCCACCUAAAGUGAGAUGGUGGCGCGGAGAAACGCUUUUAGAUUCAAAGGAUGAGCCGGAUGAUUCCCAAGAUGUUCGUAAAAACACGCUUAUCGUCAACGAAUUGUCAAGAGCGGAUCUUCACGCGGUGUUCGAAUGUCAAGCAUCCAACAACAAUAUCAGUCAACCCGUGUCAAUGUCGGUAGCAAUUGAAAUGCAUCUGAGGCCCCUGAGCGUGACGAUACUCAGCAGCGAACACGCGCCCCUCAGCGCGAAUCGGAAAUACGACAUCAACUGCAUGACAGUCGGUUCAAGGCCACCAGCUGAGCUGUCCUGGUACAUGGAUGGCAAGAGGCUCGACAAUCACACGAACAAGGUUUCGCAGGAUGGUAACAUGACGACAUCCAUCUUAACGUUUCAGCCCACUCUAUUAGAUCACGAUAAAGUUAUCACGUGCAGGGCUGAAAAUCCUAAAAUUCAACGCGGCAUCGCGGAGGAUACAUGGAAACUGAAUGUUUUUUUUGUUCCGAUCUUGCAUCUACAACUUGGCUCGAAUAUGAAUCCAGAUGACAUCGAAGAAGGCGAUGACGUAUAUUUCGAGUGCAAAGUUCGUGCGAAUCCAGAUGCCUACAAAGUCGUGUGGAAGCAUAAUGGGCACGUGAUUCAGAAUAACGCGAAGAACGGCAUUAUAGUCCAGCAAUACGGCUUGGCUCUCCGAGAGGUGAAUCGGUCCCAAGCCGGAAAUUACACCUGCAUUGCCAGCAACGUCGAAGGCGACGGCUACAGCAAUAUCGUGGAGCUUAAGAUCAUGUACAAGCCGAUCUGCGUGCCGGAUCAAAAGAGAAUCUACGGGGUGGCGAGACACGAGGACGCUCACGUGAUAUGCAGGGUCGAGGCGUACCCGCCGCCGGAGAGCUUCCGUUGGACCUUCAACAAUACCGAGGAGAUGGUGGACGUGCCCCAGGCGCGUUACAAGAAUUCGACCAGACAUACCCAGAGUGUCCUCAUAUACCGGCCGGUCUCGGAAAUGGACUACGGCACGGUGUUGUGCUGGGCGAGCAACACGGCCGGUCAGCAGAAGAAUGCCUGCAUAUUUCACAUCAUUCCUGCGGGCAAACCGGAAGCUCCGUACAACUGCACGCUGACCAACCAGACCACCGAUUCACUCUCGGUGGAAUGCACCGCUGGUUUUGACGGUGGUCAGCCUCAGUACUUCCUCCUCGAAGUGUACGAUCAGCACACGGGAGUUCUGCAGGCCAACAAGUCCAAAGAUAAUGCGGCUUUCACCGUACAGGAUUUAGAGCCGGGCAAGGUUCUGAAUAUGAUUCUAUACGCGGUGAAUGCGAGGGGAAGAAGCGAUCCCACGCUAUUGGAAGGCUUCACGCUUAAAGUCGCCGAAAAGCAGACUGUGCGCGUUUUGUUCACAGGUACUCCGGUACCCUUCGAGUUUACCCCGUUACUCGGGGGUCUGAUCGGUGUGGUCGCUGCACUUUUGCUCGUCACCGCCACCAUUCUGGCCGCGCUAAAAGUGAGGAGCGAGAGACGAGCUCAAAGGCCAGGCGAUUUACCUCUAAAGAAGGCCACCGCGCCAAGUUCCGAGGACCUUUACGACGCGGACGACAGAAAUCCGGACGUUGUGCCGACCAACAAAGAUUCAGAUUAUCAGCUGACCGGCUCGACUUCCGGCACACCGUUGGCAACGCAAAACACACCGGAUGGUCUUCCACCGUCGUCCCUUCCGGCCCAGCAGACGAAUAAUCACCUCCAAGGACUUCCCGCUUAUUCGCAUAACGACUACAGCAAUUAUCCAACCUUGCCGCUAUCCGGCGAGGUGACGUACGCCGAGCUGUGCCUGGCGAGGCCCACCACCCUGUCGACCCUGGCGACCGACGCCAAAUUGGCCAGCCUUGGCGGCGGUGUCGGCGGUCUGGGUGGUCUUCCGGGUUACGGCGGUCUCGGGGUGAUCGUGGGCGGCAAGCCGUACACGAAGGAAGCCACCGUCUACGCGUGCAUCGAUCACAACGCCAGGCCGCCUAAGAUAGACGUCUCGAACGCGCCGUCGUGCGCGACCACCCCCAUAACGACGGCGAACGUGCUCCAGGACUCGACCGUCUCCACCGUGAUGAGCGGCAAGCAGCAUCACCCGGCGAGGGAGGUCGUCACCGUCCGCACGCCCCUCAUCUCGACCCAGGAGAGCUGCGUAUAGGGACGCGAUUCCGACGCGCUCAACGUCAACGAGUACUACGUCUGAUAUGGCCGCCGACUCGUGACGAUCGUGCGCGUCUUCGUGGCCGACCUUUCGAUUCCUUAGAAUUUUGCGCGGCGCUCUCUUUCAAGUAAAACGUCCUCGAAUUCUCGGGAAAAGAUAUCUCUAUACGAAUGUGAAUUAUGCGUUUCGUCCGGCUGCGACGUAAUCGCUCGUUCUUCGCCGAUGACGAUUGCCAGGAGCUCUACUGCCAAUGAUCGAACUAUUAGACUUUAGUAAAGGAUUUGCAUGAACAUGGAUAAAGGAUCACAAGGAUAAUGAGAGAAAGCCAGAUGCAUUCUUUGAAUGCUACUACCUACUCAUGCUACUACUUGCAAUCCUAUUGAGAUAGCUAAUUUCAACAUUCAAGACUGCUCAAAUAAUUUUGAUGUAUAUCAAAAGAUUCUUCAAUAUAUCGGAUGCAAUAACUGAAUUUCUUCAAUCCGAGAUAUUGUAUAUUCGCGAGAGAAUAUACAUAUAUGACAAAUAUCGUAUAUAUUAAACAAAAUAUCUGAAAGAAAGAAAAUUAUCAGAAUUUUUACUGUCGAAUUUCUAAAGUCGAUUCCAAGAAUUGUAUUUAUCUUCAGUGAGAACUAAAAAUAUUAUGUACAAAAACAAAUAUUUACAGAAAGAACAUACACCUGAGAAAUUUAUAUUAUAAUUUUAAAAAAGGGAGUAUAAAAAAGUGUAUGGUAAAUCGAUCGAGAACGUCGCACGGUGGCGAAAUGAAUUUAUUCACAACAGAAUCGUCAUUCUUAUAUGAUCCUUUUGAUCUCGGGAAAUAUCGGUGUCUAAAAAUGUCCACAAAACCAUGGAAAAUUCCAUUGGUUGACCGAAAAGCCGAUAAAGUGGAAAGAAACGUGUGGAAAAAUCUAGAUUUCCACAUUUCGCGGGAUGUUCGUAUCGCGAGAGGCGAUGUACCUGUAUGUCUCGCGACGGCGAAUGUAGAUUUUCUAUCCCAAGAGUAUACUUUAUAUUACAAAGUAGAUAUGGGAAUAAAGAAGAUCGUCGCGCGUUGAGUGUAUUUUCGUAAAAUGGGCGCGUCUUUAUCGAUAUGCUCCCUUUCUCCUUCUCUCUCGGAGUACUGUGUAUCAUGUCGAUUACGUCGCGACGAUAAAUUUCGCGAACGGGACAGAUCCGCGCCGUGGAAAGGAUCAAUCUAUUCCGCGAAAAUCCUCAAAAAUAUUUCCGCGUUGCAAACACGGAACAAAUGCGCCGCAUAGAACACGACGCGUUACGAGAAUCCAAUGUGAAGAUUUUCUCUAUGUCAGACACGUUCUCUUCCUUUUGUCGUUACCGCGGAAUUUCUAGUUCCAAAAAUACUCGCAGUUUUAUGAACUAUCCAAUAUUCGAUCGCAUCGAUCUAAUUCCAUAAAUAAAUUCACGCUCGGCCAAUAAAAUUAUGUCUUCUCGCACAGUAUCAGUAUAAUUGUUGAAAAUAGUAAUUAAUCGAUUAAUCAGUCAAAUCACGCUGCUAUUGAAUGGUUGAUCGAUUCUCUCGAAAAAAGCAUACAUAUAAUUGCUCUACUCGUUCUAUGUGGCAUGUUAACAGGCAUGUUUCAGGUACGUCACGUUGACGUGAGCUGAUUAAUUAAAUCUCAGUUUAUAUAUCGACGUUUAUUCUGAAUAAUUUUCAGCUCGCUGCACACCACGGAAACUUGCAAGGUAAGAAUAAAUUUGCUGAUUAUAAAAUAAGCGGAACUAUCGAUCCUCCUUUCUCGCGCGCGGCUCGUUCGCUUUAUCUUUUCAUCAUUCUAGUCUAUUUACACGAAUUUUCUCUUAUCUAACGCGCGACGUGUGAAUAAUAUUCGCGCGGAAAUUUCGCAAAAGUCGCAUUUCCACAAUAACUCGAGAAAGAAUUUUCCCUUCGUAACGAUCUGACACACAUUCUCGUAAGAUAUUGUAAAUAAUAACUUUUCCUCGAGGACGAGGACACGGAAUAUAAAUUUAGAUUAAUUAUCGAAAUUAUAUCGUGUGCGUUGAUGAAGAGCCUACUCGCGCUCCGAAAACAUGUAUAUUAAUUCUAAUUACUAAACGUACCUUGUACACUGCGCAUCGUUCAAUAGCGACGCGAGCAUCCAUAUACAAUUCCAUUUAGUUCGAAUGGAAGAUAUUUUGCGACGGGAUCGUCAUUCGUGAAUAAAGAGACAAUAACGUUGCUGGACUGUUGAGUUAAAAGCGGCUCACGAACGGUCAAUUACAUCGCGCUGUAUUUUUCGAAUUUGAUUGACCUUAUUUGAGUUUCCUUGAAAUAUCGCGAAUAAUACUUGAUUCUUUUAUUCGAGUAAUUUUUCAUAUUCCUAUUUUCUCUUUUCCGGCAAAACAAGUUUACUUGUGUCAUCGCGUAUAUCAAAGCUGGUUAUUCAAAUUUACAAUUUAAACAAUACUAUCGUACGAUAAAAAUCAGCAAUUGAAGAAGCGUAUGGAGAAUGAAUAAAAAAUACAUUUGAAAUUAAUGUUGUUAUCUACAUGGAUUCUUUUAUACGAACCCCGCGUUUAAUUGAUAUCAAAUCGCGCGAUAUCAAACGCGAUGUAAUUCGCAUCGUUUAGCGGCCGAUUAUAUCUUCACUUCGCGUCGAUCCCUUAAAAAAAUAACAUACUGCCGCGACGUGCAUUAUUUUACGACGAAAUUUUGUGGACAGAGCUGUCCUAUAGGACUACAAUAAACGCGCACAACUGCCAUGUCACAUUCGUUUAAGUUUAUCGUCGAAAAUAACAAGGAACAAUCUCGAGAGGAGUAUCUUUCGCGCGUCGCCGUACGUUGUGCACCGUACAAAUGUACACGCGUGUACAUCUUAGAUAUAUAUAUAUAUAUAUAUAUACAUAUAUUGGUCCUCAUCGUCGCGUUCACUCGCAGCGAAGACGGAGUUGUAAAUAACUUGUACAUAAGGACAUUGAGAAAAGAGAGACUUUAUUCGCGAGAGAUGCUCGAGAUUAAACCCCUACGUCUUCUUUGAGGGACGACAAGAGAACAGGCACACGAAGGAUCGUUAUCGACGGAUCGGUUAACGACAUUACAAGAUCUACGUACAUUGCCAGGGAAAUUGUAUCGAGCGUUAUUGCGUCUUGCCGGUCCACGGGAAAGGUGAGAGACGAUGACCUUAACGCGAAUCUUGUUCUUGUUUAUUUUCAAAAAUGUUAUGAUUUUUAUUUAUUUAUAUUAUUUAUAUAUUCUUGUCUCAUAUAAUUGUGAAAUGUUUUUGUAACAAUUGCUAUAAAGAAAGAAUAAAAAUCUUGAUCGUUUCCUUCUCGUGGCUAACCGAUAUUAAACGUACGACAUAAAAUUCGUUAUUGAUCGUCGUUGUCGUCGUCGACCGACGAACGCGAAGAAAGUCGACGUGACGAGCGUUCCUUCGUGCGUACAUACGCCCCCUUCGUAAUUUGUAAGAUAUAUGCUCCGAUGUACAGCGCCAAGAUAUUUUUUCAGAGUGUGCGUAAUACAAUACCUCCGCGUAUAUCGUCAAGUCUUGGGCGCCCAAUUAGGCGAGGCCCGUUUAAAGAGCGGGCGGGACUGUAUAAUUAAACGAUCGGAUUGCGAUUAAUGGUCAGACAAAGAAAUAAAGAUAUAUGUAUAUGUACGUAUGCGCAUGUGUGCCUGGGUGUAUCUGUGUGUGUGUGUGUGCUACGUGAGCGUAAAUCUAUCCUUUCGCCGGGUGUAUGCGACUAUGGUAGUUCUGCAAAGUCGAGGAUUAAGAAUAAUAAAAAAAGAGAUAUAUAUAUAUAAGCAUGUAUGCGUGAGUAUUGGCUAUUUCACAAUUUUCUCACGUGAUUUAAAAUAGUGUUGUAAAGAAUAAAUUACGCAUUAAUUCUUUCAUGCUUUAUUUGGAACAUCUUUUUUACUAAUCGACAAGCAUCGAAACACGUGUGCUCUAUCUUAAUAUUAUAUAUUAUUUUCUUUAAAUAUUAAACAUACUUUGCGCCUUUCUUUCCAUUAUAGUUAGAAUUUUGCAGCUAUUUCGUAGUAAAGAAUUUUUUCAAGAAUUCAAGAAUGAAAGGGUUGAGACGAGAUGAAUCUUUUCCUUUUAUGUUCGGCGCUCGAACGAGGUCGAAGUGGACGGAGAAAAGAAAAUUAUACCUUGAGUGCUCCAAUCAAAUCUCCGUAAGAUCAAUGCCCCUCCUGCCAACUCAAAAGAUAUAUAUAUAUAGACCUAACUAUAUUGCUUAACUGUCUUCUUUUCUAUAUCCUGUUCUUGUGCGUUAUAUUAUUUGACAUUACGUAUAUAUAUAUAUAUAUAUAAUUUUUUAUUUUGACAUAUAAGAAUACAAUCUCUUUUACUUUAAUAUUUCUUUGUAAAAGAAUUCCUGCACACAAUCGACUAAAAAUACUUUAAAUUAAAGUUCUUUCUAUUGUCCUCAAGAGAGAUAAAAUCCAAGAGAAAUCGCUCUUAAUGCAACAAUUCGAAUAAAAAAAAAAAAAGAAGAAUGUUUUGACAUUUGAUCAACACGAUGCACUUCAGUUCGAUGAAGUUAUAACUUUACGCGUACCACGUACAGCGCAUACAAUAACUGCAGUGUCCAAAUCCACUCGAUAUGUACACUCGAUCCGUACACCGGAUGUCUAUCUGUACAACACAUGCACAAAAGUUCGAUUGGCAGCAGUCCUUCCGGUUUUGUAGGUAUUUUAAGCACGCGCUCCGUUAACGAUCACGCGCCGGUUCCCCUCCACAUGCGCCUCCUUCGUGCAUUCUCACUUCUCGCAUGCUACAAUACAUUCCACGUUUCCUGUCAAAUACCGCGGGCAUGUUUCGCCGCCGCGAAAUUUUCGACGGUGAUAAGGAAAUGACUGGACCGCGAAAUUUCGCGACGCAACCCAAUUCCGUAUUCUGGCAUAGAAUGAGCAAGCCAAUACGCGUUUAUAUGUUUUGUGCGUGUGUCCGACUAGCCGCAAUGUUUAAAUCAAAUGUCAUUGCAUGUGGACACAGUUCAGAUUAUUUUUCGAUAGAUUGAAAUAUUGUCACUUUAUAUAUGCAUAUUUUGUGAUAAUAAUCACAUUUGAUAAAAUCGAUACAAAUAAGAAAGAGAACUGAAAAUACUAAAAAUUUAUUGUUAAAAUAUUGUAUUAUUGAUUGUCAUUUUUGAUGUGGAUAUCGCGAUAUUCUGAUUUAAAUACCGGAUUUUUUUAACGAUAAAAAUUUUAUUAAUUUUCUUUGAUUUCUUCUAUAUAUUUUAGGUGUAAUAAAGAGAUUAUUGUUCUCAUUGCAUGGCAUUUUGAUGUGAGACAUAUUAUAUUAUGUUUUCAUUAACAAAUUAUCAUGAAUUAAUUACUCAUUGUCCAAAGUCUUAUUCUGAUUAAAAAAAAAGCUUCUCCAUUGAUCAAAGCACGCGAAAAAGCAGACCAUCCGUGCGAAAUUUCAGUAAGAACCGACUGUUAGAUCGCUCAUUCAAACGGACACGCUCAUUCGUUUCACCGCAGCCUCCAAAGUAGCAAAGUUGCGCUUUUGUAUAUCGUGUCUGCAUUGCGGCGUACGUUGCAUCCGCGGCGAGGGAAACCUCGAGGGCAAAGGUGGCCCGGGCCGACGCCUCGUGUCAGUUUCAAAAGAAAUCUCCCCUCACUUCCCCGCUAUACGAAAUCUCUAUGCCGGCAUAUCGAAUCUAAAAGUCAAUUCUUCUCUCCGCGGCGUGAAAUCUAUUAAGCUGUACGAAAGCGUCAAAAGCUCUAAUAAAGCCCUCAAAAGUUUUUUUUUUUUUUAAAGCGGAAUAUUCAUUUACGCCGCGUCCGCGCGUAUCAUCCGCCGCGAUAACCGCGCCGCAUCAAUCCCAAACUUCCCGGAAUCCGUAAUACAUCCUCUAUCCCAGUAAUACAGAUAUUCCGGUGCAUUCUCUUGAACAUCUAUCGGAUAUCGAAGUGUAUCACGACAAUGUCCGGACUUUCGCGUGUUACAAAGAAUGAACAUUAAUUAUCUAAUAUGUUAUACGAUGAAAAAUUCGAGCACAUGACUUCUCAUUCGUCCAUCCUAAACAUUCUUUCGCGAAUUCAAUAUUCUGUUCUACUAUUACAUUUACGUUACAUUGCAAUAUUAUUUUCUGAUUUUAAUUAUUGUCAUAAUUAUGAACGAAUAAUGAAAGAGUAGGAAAAACACAGAAAACAAUGGGAUACAAAAGGAUUUGACGGCUUAAGAUGCUAAAUUGAUUGGCAGUGCUUCUGUAAGCCUGAUACUUGAAAUGUUUUUUCGUCGAAUAUUAUUUUUGGCGCUGAACGAUAAUAUUUUUUCACCUUCCACUCUUUAUUGACAUAACUGCGUUCCUUUCUAUGGAAUAACGUGAAUUGUGCGACGAGAAGUCUAGCAAAUCGCGCGUGUAUGUUGAAUUGUACAUAAUCUUCUGACCGAGUAAACGUGUGCGUGCUCGUUUGUACAUUCUUCUGUAAGAUCGUGAUUCGUGUGCCUGUGAGUUGCGAAUGCUGCGUGAGAUUUCACCUAAUGAGCCUGACGAGAGAAACGCGAGCGUGUCAAAUAUUGAAAUUGCGAUGACCAUACUACGUGUAUUUACAAUAAUUAUAGAUCUCUCUCUAUAAAUAUAUACACACCUCAACGUAAUCAGAAUAAACGUGUUGAUAUGAAAAAUGA